AUGGAACUGAUUUUGGACUCAAAUUUAAUUCUGCUAUGUAUUCAGCAUUCCCAGUUUUCCCCUUUUCAGUCUGUUGCUCAAGCUCUACGUGAUGAAGAUUGUCCUUUGAUGAUCAUUCCAAGCAGGCCUUUUCUUAAGAGAUGCUUCCUGGACUUCUCCAUGAAGAGUGGUGUGCUAGCUGUGGCAAAUCAGACUACCUUCAAAGAUGGAAGAGGGAAAACAAGAAACGUAACCGACCUCAGGGGAGCUGCAAACAGCAUCAGUAAUAUCCUGGAUGCAAGAUCAAUUGGAGUAAAAAGUUUUGAAGACUAUGCUAUUUCUUGGUACUGGAUUUUAAUUGGGCUGUUCGUUGCAAUGAUUGUGAGUCUGCUCUUCCUUGUGUUAUUGAGGUUCACAGCUGGGAUUCUCUUCUGGAUUUUCAUCUUUGGCGUGACUGGAAUUAUAGGUUAUGGCAUCUGGCAUUGUCGCUGGGAGUACGACCAUCUUAAAGGAGUACCUGGAUCUGAGCUCACUGUUUCUGGUACUGGAUUCCAGACAGACUUGAGAGUGCACCUGCAGCUGAGGCAAACAUGGUUAGCAUUUAAAGUAAUCAGAAUUCACUUUCUUUGUAUAGUAUUUGUCAUAAUCAUACUGAUGCUGAUCUUCCUAAGGAAUCGGAUCCUGAUCGCCAUUGCAUUGUGCUUAUAUUUUCUGGCUACAUCAGGAGAACCUGUGUAUAAAGUAAUGGCUAAUCCAACACCAUGCAAGUAUGCAAAGCUGACUUGUGACCCAGAGGGAGGUGUUACAAAUACUUCCCUGCUGUGAGAGCUAUCCUAAUUGUAUUUCUUAAUCGCUGUUAAAUGCAAUGUGAGAAAAUGUGCGUACCUUAAGUAAUGAUUCCUCAUGUUAAAUCUGAAAAUAGUGCUUCGUGUUCAGCUAAGACUCCUUUGUUCAAAGCAAUUUAGAGCUAUGAAGCAUUUUCUUUGUGCAGUGUCCUGUGAGCAGGUGAGUAUCAACCAGCCUCAUUUUCUGGGUGAGAAAAGAAGACGCAGAAAUAGAGGUUUAUUUGGAAAAGUGUUCCUGAAUUCAUGAGGAUUUCUGGUUUUGUGGUUCUCAAAAGGCAGUGGAAGAAUUUGAAAGCUGUGCCUCAGACUUGCCCAAAGAGCAGCCAGGUUUCAAAGCAGAGGCUUGGCUGCUUUUGCACAGUGAUGACCUUUAUGAAGCUCCAGAAAUACUUGUCUUUUGACUUGAGUGUGGGGUUGAAUUGAAGUGUUUCUUGAAAACUAGAAUUAUUUAUCAAAUGUUAUAUCAAGGUUAUUUUCAGGUGUUU